UUUCCCUCUCUUUCUUUGCGGCUACAGCAGACCAUACACCUUCUCCUUUCUCUUCUCUCCUGUACCGCACUUACAUACAUAAACACCUGCUUUCCCUUUCGUCUUUACUCCCUUCUCUAUUCCACUGCUUUUUCUCUCUUCAAACCAAGACAACACCUCCAAUAUUGUACAAGAAACCAGAUCAAUCAAUAAACAAACAAACUGAACAAUUUGAUUCAGUUUCUAUGGCUCCAACAAGCUUAGCCAGAGUUAAACUCUGCGCUCUGCUGUGUUUCACCGCUUCUCUAUUCGCCAUUGUUAGGGCUGAAGAUCCUUACAGAUUCUUUGACUGGAAUGUCACUUAUGGUAACAUAUACCCGCUCGGUGUUCGCCAACAGGGAAUCCUUAUCAAUGGACAAUUUCCAGGCCCGGAUAUCCAUUCAGUUACCAACGACAAUCUCAUUAUCAAUGUCCACAAUAGCUUGGACGAGCCUUUUCUCAUUUCUUGGAAUGGAAUUCAAAACAGGAGGAAUUCUUUUGAAGAUGGUGUAUGGGGUACGACAUGCCCUAUACCCCCAGGCAAGAAUUUCACCUACAUUCUCCAAGUGAAGGAUCAGAUUGGGAGCUUUUACUAUUUCCCUUCUCUUGCAUUCCACAAAGCUGCUGGUGGAUUUGGAGGUAUUAGAAUCCUUAGCAGGCCCAGAAUCCCUGUUCCUUUUCCAGACCCUGAUGGUGAUUACACUGUUCUUAUUGGGGACUGGUACAAAUCCAACCACACGGUUUUGAAUGAUCAUCUUGAUAGGGGUAAGAAGUUGCCUUCUCCUGAUGGAAUUCUCAUCAAUGGUCGUGGGCCUAAUGGUUAUUCUCUUACUGUUGACCAAGGAAAAACUUACAGGCUUAGAAUUUCAAACGUUGGGCUGCAAAAUUCCCUAAACUUCCGCAUCCAAAAUCACAAAAUGAAGUUGGUAGAAGUAGAGGGAACACAUACACUCCAGACCACCUACUCCUCCCUGGAUGUACACGUAGGCCAAUCGUACUCCGUUUUGGUGACAGCAGACCAACCUGGACAAGAUUACUACAUAGUAGUUUCCUCUCGUUUCACCACUGGCCCUCACUCCCUCACUACAACUGGUGUUCUUCAUUAUAGCAACUCUGCUGGCAAAGUCUCUGGCCCACCUCCUGGUGGUCCUACCAUCCAAAUUGAUUGGUCUUUGAACCAGGCGCGCUCUAUUAGGACGAAUCUUACAGCAAGUGGGCCAAGGCCGAAUCCACAAGGGUCGUACCACUAUGGUCUUAUACCCUUGAUCAAAACCUUCGUACUUGCAAGUUCCGCGGGACAAAUAAACGGCAAGCAAAGAUACGGAUUCAACAGUGUUUCCUUCAGCCCAACUGAUACUCCCCUUAAGAUAGCUGACUUCUUCAAACUUGGGGGCUUCCGCGUGGGAAGCAUUUCCGAUAGGCCUAGUGGUGGUGGAUUGUACCUUGACACAGCUGUUCUUGGAGCUGAUUAUAGAACUUUUGUGGAAUUUGUCUUCCAAAACAAUGAAGACAUAGUGCAGAGCUUGCAUUUGGAUGGCUAUUCUUUCUUUGUUGUUGGAAUGGAUGGGGGCCAGUGGACACCGUCUAGUAGGAAUCAGUACAAUCUCCGAGAUGCAGUUUCACGUUGCACCACUCAGGUAUAUCCCAAGUCAUGGACUGCCAUACAUGUGGCUUUGGACAAUGUGGGUAUGUGGAACUUGAGGUCUGAGUUCUGGGCUAGGCAAUAUUUGGGACAACAACUAUAUUUGCGUGUAUAUACAGCAUCAACUUCUUUGAGGGAUGAGUUCCCAAUUCCAAAGAAUGCACUUCUUUGUGGAAGAGCAAGUGGAAGACGUACUCGACCCCUUUAGGUAACAAGGCAGCCAGGCAAUUGCGAAAGACAUCUACGGUUUAGGUAGGAAGGUCUACCGAAGCUUUAGUUGAUGAAGAGUAUAUUGGGCUCUAAUUACUCUAUUAUUAGUAUUGUAUUCUUAGUUGGGUGCGUUUUCAUUGUGAUAUGAUUUAAUGCGUAUGUACCAAUUAGCACUAUUUAAUUAGGACCUCAGCUCGAGGGCACAUUCUUUUUCUAUAUCUAAAUCUAGAACUGAUUGUAUUGUUGAUUUUCAUUUGUUUGAGUUUUCAUAUCUAAUGAAAAAAGGAGAUAUAUAAAUUAUCAAUUAA